AUGGCUCACCAACGACUCCCGGAACUCCUGGAAUCCGCCGUACGCUUCCCAGCCGGCGUUCGUCGAUUCCCACGACGAGAGUGGCGAGGAGUUUUCGGAGCGCCCCCGUUCGAACCUGGCUCGUUCAUGCUCAAGGCGCAGUGGGCCGGACGAGAGGCCAGCCGGCGCUGGCAGACUGCCAUAAAAAAGGGGAGUCUCGACGGCAUGACGACUGUCGACUACGCCGUCGCCGUUUUCGACCUCGCCUCGCACAUGAACGACUUCUUCCGUUCUCUCCACCUGGCUGCCGGUACGAAGAUUGAGAAGACCUCGGAUUGGAUCGCCCUCACGGAUGACAUGAUUGAGCUUGCUUUCCUACGCAGCCGGUGGUUCCUGAGGACGAGGUUUCCCAGCGCCCCGAUUCUCGAAGAGCUUGACAUGGCCUUUGUUCGCUCCUUUGCUCGACCGGCAUUGAACGCACAGUGGCGUCUGCUAGUUGACAGCGGGGGUCAUGCGCCUGAGCCCUUCGAAUAUGACGAGGCCAGGUUCACGGACGUCUAUCUGCCAACUUCUCGCAGGCCCGUACCCUUCACAGUUGUCCAACUCGAGAGCCCGGGCGCAGAGCCCGAGGUCAGAUGGCUCAUCCCGGGGCCGAGCGGUGGCUGGAUAGAGGUGGAGGACUCCUCCUCGAGCGAGUACGUCACGCCGCCGGAAGGAGAACUGCCGUCCGACGUCUCGCCUCAGUCAACGACGUCGAGAUCCGGAGCAGUCAACACUUCUUCGGAUACGUCGUCGGCAUGGUCCAGCGACCCACAAACCUCGCCAGAGAGAGCUACCGACGUGCCAUCGACACCGUGCACUCCUGCGAGACGCGCACUCAGAACGAUUACGAGCAUAGGUAGCCCCAGUCCUCGGCGGGAGUAA